GCAUCAUUAGGGGUGAUUCUUUUGAGUAUGGGAGUGUUCACGUCGCUAAGCAGAAGCACAAGUUUCACUUCCAAAACCACGGCGAUGUUUUCUCUCACCCUUGCACGGCAUGGAGAGACGGAACAUAACAAAGAAAACAUCAUUCAAGGCCAGCUGGACGUCCCUCUUUCAGCCAUGGGUCUCAUGCAAGCGAGGCUGCUCGGAAAAUACCUGGAACAGCAAAAAUACACGCACGUCUUUUCCAGUGAUCUUUCCAGGGCUCGGGAGACUGCCAGGUGCAUCUUGGCUAUGAACCGCGAAACCACGUGUCCAGUAUCCGAAGACAAAAGGCUUCGUGAACGGAAAUUUGGUUCAGCAGAAGGCAAACGAUUGUCCUCACUCAAAGAAGCUGCCCGCAAUGCAAACCAGACUGUGAGCAACUACACCCCUCCAGGAGCAGAGACACUCGACCAGGUGCACCAACGAGCAGUGGAAUUUCUACAAGAGCUGUGCCACAAACUGCGCCACUCCUUACCACCGACGGGCAUCUCCGCAAAGCUGCCUCAGGAACCUGCGCCACGUCCCUGCACCGAAGAACAGGUGUCGAUAAACGAGUCCGCUACCUCGUCCGGGAGCAGCCUAGGCGACGACGAAUGCCCUGCACUAGUGGCCAACGUCCUCAUAGUCAGCCACGGCGCUUUCCUGCGGGAGAUGGUGCGGCACCUGGUGGACAACUUUGGCUGCCACGUUCCGGGAAACAGGGCCCAGACCCUGAGCCCCAACGGUGCGGUGUCGCGCUUCACCAUAGACCUAUGCGUCCAUGAGGGGUCCCGUGCGGUCUGCCACGAAUUUCACGACCGCGAGCACUUGAUGCUGCAGGGAGCAGGACAUUUGCAAACAGACGCGCUUUCUGCCGAAAAUACUGCACUAUGAAUGCUACGACACGAGUACACCUGGUGACGCAGAAAUAUUUUGAUUUCCCUACGAGUGUGGCUUCCCCCGACUCAAAAAACAUUUGUGUCGCGAGUCAGCGCACAUAAACACUUGUGUAGUGAAAGAAACAUGCGAAAAAUUAAUACUGUGUCGGUAAUUUUUACACGUUGAACUAAAUCUUUGUAGUAUUACAAAAAAAAGGCGUGCACGGGACUCGAUUUGGACUGCGUUAGCGUUAGCUAGAACGAAACUAAAUUAGUAAUUAAAAAAAACUGACACAAACGUUAUUAUUAAGAGACACGAUGAUUGUUCAUUUAAGCUUCAGUUUCAUCUGUUUACUGAUGUUCUUUUCCUUGAUCAAAACAAACGUGCCUUAGAAAGUAUAGUAGAACCAUGUUUGAGAUCUUUACUGUUUGGUAGUUAAGAUAGAACUGUAGAAGCUACAGUGGGACCUGAGGAAACUGCUAUUCCACAAGUUUUACCAUCUCAGGGGGGGAGGUCUACCUGACAAUGUGAUGCCAGUACCUAACUUCUAAUUUCUGGAGCUUGAAAAUUCCCACAUUUUGUGAUGUGCUCCGAGCACAUAUAUGUUAUAUGUGUGAUAAAGAAAAAAAGAAAGAAAAAAAAGUCUGAGUACAAAAUGGAGGACAAAAUAGCUUGCCAAACAUUCUCCAAAUAUCAUACUCCACGAAAGGACAAUAUCCUUUACUUGUAGCGAGCGUGCUUUCCUAGAAACAACACAAUUCACGCGACCAUCUGCUUGGAGUCCUAUGUGUAGCAACAUGGCAAUCCAGGCACACAAGUACCAGUACCAGUUCUGGGUACAUCGCGGGUACAUCGCGGGGACCUCGCGGAGCAAUACAGCGCCGAAAACAUAGUGCGCACAUGAAAGGCAACACUGCAGGCCUUUGGUACAGUUUGAAUGUGUUAGCUUCUUUGUUUUGGUAUGCAAUACAUACGUACUAUUAAUGUACAAGAAAAUUAGUUAAUACAUUAUUAAAAUUGCGAAGAAGCAUAGAUUCCCCCAAUUGAGUGCUCUGGGGGUCCUAGGGUGUUUACAGAUUUUAAUAAUGUAUACAGUCAAACUCCUUUACAACGAAACCCAGGGGACAGCAAAACAAAUUCGCAGUAAAGGUAUUUUCGUUAAAAAGGAUGUCCAUUAUUGGACCUAUGGGGCUCCAGCGGGACCGCAAAAAAAUUUGCUGUAGUGGUAUUUUCGUUAAAAAGGUGUUCGCUAUAAAGGAGUUUGACUGUAUAAGCAUCCCAUAUUAGCAUUUCCUUGUGUUUUCACUACCACGCGACUCAGACUGUGUAUAUUUUUUGCCUGCAUCGCCUACGUGUGAUACACCUAUACUUGGAUUUGUUCACUGGACACAAUAUGAAGUGUGGCAUAAGUAGGCAGAUAAAGUAGACACUUUACUGAUGUGUUAAGGGGACAGUCGCAUCCUUCUAUGGAACAGAUAUGAACGGAUAUCACUAGGUUUGGCUUUGGCAGGCAAUCUACUUGGCAAGUUUUUUUGGUCCGAAAAGUGCUUAGAUAUUAAUAGGGCCUGACUUUUUAGGGUUAAACCCGUAUCCGCCCGAUAUUUACCCCCCGAACGAAAACUGUAAAAUUUGGGUUUAACCCGAAUCUACCCGAAAACAACCGCGUCGCGUGGCACACUCAUAAGCGUGCAUUAAAAUAAAGUUUGAUAACAUUGCUAAACAUUAGUUCCAUGUUAAGAAAAAUUUUUAUUAAACAAAAAAAAAAAUCACCCGAAUACACCCGAAUUCCUGACGACAGAAUAUGCCGUAACGGGAUUUAACCCGAAUACACCCGAAUUUUCAAAUGAAAAAUAUCACCCGAUAUUUACCCCCCGAAUUUGGCCAAAAAUAAAACCCGAAAAAGUCAGGCCCUAGAUAUUAAUAAACAUUUUUUUUUUUUUUCUUAAAUCAGAGCUGCUCCCACAGCUGUGGAGGCUCCGGCAUCAACAAAAAUCAGCAGAGGGCAGCGCGGAGGAAUCCGCGGCAUCCCUUUUCUCGGGACUGUGCUCUGAUCGGUGGUGUAGGGAAUUAUGUUUUCCGCUGUUUUCCAGUGAGGGAAUUCCUGCAUAUUCUCAACAUCUGCCGUCUGCUCUCGUCAUGUAUCCCAUCAAACAGCAGUCAAACUAUGCCACUAUUUCACGUGGGAUUUUCGAUACCUUGUUUGGUUGUCAACGACACCAUAGAUUCGGAAUCGACUGGAACGGAUGCGACAGUCCCUUUAAACAGCAAUACCAACAAUACCAACGACAGCGUACAAUCACUGUUAUUGAUGCUACGAGUUGUUGUGCCUGUUUCAGCUCCCAAGCAUAUAGAUAAAACAUUGUCACUACUGUAGUGGAUGUUCCAAGUGCUAACACGAGCCUGUGUAUUACAUUUAAAAAAAAAAUUAUCAUCCGGGGCAAGUGUAAGUUCCUGCAUAAUUCGAACCCCAAUCAAGCAGCAAUCAUCCAGACUGCAGGGUUCCGAAAGACUUUAUUAAUGGAACACGCUCGCGUUAUCAAUUGGGCUAUCACUAAAGAUAACAUAGAAUCAAAACAACGCACGUUACAGCCUUGUGAUAUAAUGUGCCAACCUGACCGUAAUGUCAUCUUGCCUCAAGUACUUGGUGUGUAAUGAUAAUGUCUGCAAGAGCACUUGGGUGAUUGCAUAUCAAUCAGGCAAGCAACUGUUAUGGGCGGCGAUACCAGCGGAGGCACAUUGUGCAUUUCUUUUUAUGCUUAAGCACACUGUGCUGACAUUGUCUAUGCCACAUAUCAGUGCCAGAGAUGAAUUUACCUGGUUUGCUCAAAACUAGGAUGUACCACGUUUUCGUCAGACUUUUAACCUCGGCACGUGACCCUUGCACUGUCGCACAACCCCCGAAACGUUGAAACGGACAUUCAUCAGAUGUUACUGAGUCAGCAUGAGGACUCUCAUAUUUGAAUAAGUUACGAUACCUGCGCAGUUUUACUGUACUUGACAAUCCGGUGAGAGUUUUUUUUUAUUUGUUUGUUUCCCUUUGGGAAAAUGUGUACACGAGAAAGUUGAAGAUGUGAUAUUGUCGUGAUUUGUUUGGAAAGAAAAUAUACUGACACGUUUUUACUGCA